UUCCACAGAAAUUCAUUGGAGAACUUGCUUUGAACUCUGUAUCUAUAAAAAGGAGAAGGAACACUGAUUAAAAAUAGAGGGAGAAGAAUUCUCCCUUCUCUUCCUUCUCAAUCAGACCAAGGCUGAUUUCCUGGGCUGAAGAUAUGGCACUGAGGAGACUUCUGUUCCUUUUGGCAGGUUUGGCACAGAUAUAUGGCUUCCAAAGAGGAAGUCCUCGUGGAAAGAAAUUUGUCAUGGCUUUCAUGCAAGACCACCAGAAAUACCAACACAAUCCACCUGACAUUAAAUAUCAGCUGCUCAUCACUGGUCAUCAUCACUCAACUGUUAUCAAAGUGUCAGUAAGCAAGCAUAAGUUCUGGAGAACAUUUGUAAUCAACAAAGGAGUGACAGCAUCACUUAAAAUCCCAAACACAUUUGAGAUGAGUGGAUCAAAUUAUUUCGAUGUGACUGUGUUCAUUGAAGCUAACCAAGACAUUUCAGUCUUUGCCCAGGGUCAGGGAGGGUCUUUGACUGGCACUACUCUUGUGCUCCCAAUCCACCAGCUAGAUAGAGUGUAUCAUGUGGUAACUCCAAAUGAUAGCAACACAGAUGGUUUCAAGGAAUUUGCCAUUGUAGCUCAGGAAACUGCCACUGAUGUUGACAUUUCCCUAAAAGGAGAUGUGCUAUUCAAUGGACAGGCUUAUCCUGCAGGGAGUAAACUUUCUGUUAAUCUUGAGGCAUUCCAAGCACUUCAGCUGCAAAGCUCAGAUGAUUUAUCAGGUACCAGAAUUGAAUCAAAAGAACCCGUGGCUGUCUUCAGCGGACACAGCUGUAUUACGAAAGACAAUGCCUGCCACCAGGUUUUUGAACAGCUGCUGCCCAGUUCAAACUGGGGCGCCUUCUUCAUUGUUCCUAUACUCCCUUUCCAAAACAGGGAUGGCAUACUGUAUAUAACAGCUUCCCAAAACACUUAUCUCAAAUACCAACAUGGGGAUGUGCUCAGCUCCCAGACCCUGGAAUCUGGAGCAGUCAUGCAGCUAAACAAAUAUUCUUCUGAGUCAGUUUCUAUUUCUGCCAGUGCUAGAAUCCAGGUGCUUUACUUCUCUACUGGUGGUGAAAGUCAAGGCCAUGGACCAUUGCUAGUCAAUAUUCCAGCGGUUACAAGCUUUUGCAGAUCAUAUCAUCUUCUUUACAUGAAGCAGUUGGAUAAUUAUGCUAUCAUCGUAGCCAAAACCUCCGAUCCCAGUGGAAUCAGAAUUCAGAGGAAGACCUUUGCAAAAAGCGAGUGGAAAUCAGUCCCAGACACAGAAUACUAUUGGACUGAAUACAGCUUGGCUAGAGGAGGAGGUACUCUUUCUUCAGUGGGUCUUGGAGUUCCACUUGGGGUCUUCAUCCUUGGAUUUUCACAGAAUGAUGGCUAUGGCUCACAGGACCAUUGUACCUCCUCUAUGACCUGUCCAGCCAACAGUCACUAUGAGGUCUGCGCUGACACUUGCUCCAACCACUGUACCAACGUCACAGAUGCUGAGCCAUGUCCAGAGACCUGCACGGAGGGCUGCCAGUGUGAUGAUGGGUUUUUAUUGGAUGGCGUCGAUUGCAUUCCCAAAGAAAACUGUGGGUGCUUCAGCAACGGACACUAUUAUCAACGCAACGAGAUGGUUCUGUUGAAUGCUUGCAAGCAGCAAUGUACUUGCAUCCCAGGUGAGGGGCUGACCUGUACUGACCACAGCUGUGCCGCUCAGGAGACCUGUGAGUCCCAAGAAGGAGUCAUGAGAUGUGUUCAGAAAGGAACUUGUCAUGUAAGUUCCCGGGGGAAGAGUUUUGUUACCGCCUUCAUGCAGAAUUACAAACCUGGGCAAUCUGGUCAAAAGCUUGAACUGUAUAUCUCUGGAUAUAAUUUUGCCACAAAUAUUACAGUGUCAACAAGCAAUAGGAUACUACACAGAACCAUCAAUGAAGGAGAAGUCAUUUCCAUUCCAUUACCACAGUCCUUAGAAAUGGUGGGGAGUGACAAAUUUAAAAAGGCGGUGCUGAUUGAAGCUGACCAAGACAUUUCUGUCAUCUCCUACAACUAUAUACCUAAAACAAGUGAUGGAACAAUCACUUAUCCUAUCCAACAGCUGGGACAGUUAUAUUAUGUGGUCACCCCCACAGGAAAUGGCACAAAAGAAUUUGCUAUCAUAGCCCACGAGGAUCUCACAACAGUGACCAUCCAUCUGAAAGGCACUGUGACGUACAAAAGCAAGCUUUACCGUCCUGGGUCCAUCUUUGUGACUAACCUCAAGGCCUUUGAAGCAAUUCAGCUGCAAAGUGCAGACGAUUUAUCAGGCACCAGGAUUGAAUCGACCAAACCUGUGGCUGUGUUGAGUGGACAUACCUGCGUUUCCAAAUUCACAGCCUGUGAUCAUGUUGUUGAGCAGCUCCUGCCAGUUCAGAGUUGGGGAACCACCUUCAUCGUCCCUCCUCUUCCUUUCCAGACACAGUAUGAUAUUGCGUACAUUGUUUCUGCAGAGAACACUUUACUCAAAUAUCAAUCCGGCUCCAAAACAGAAUCCCAUACUCUGGUGGCUGGAGAAGUGGUUCAACUUGAGAUCCUGACCUCUCAACCACUUUUGAUCUCUGCUGAUGCUAGAAUCCAAGUCCUUUUUUUUUUUACUGGUGCCAAAAGAAGAGACAAUUUCUAUGACCCUUUCCUCAUGAACAUCCCUGCCACAACAUGCUAUUGCAAUUCAUACCGCAUUUAUGGAAUGAAGAACUUCACAAAUCAUGCCAUGAUUAUAGCCAAAUCAUCAGAGUCUGGUAGGAUCAAAUGGGAAGAACAGACCAUCCAGUGGACACAGAUCCCAGGCACUGAAUAUUCAUGGGCUGAACAAGAUGUGGAGAUAACAGAUCAUGCCCAGCAAGUGGAACACGAGAACUCUCCAUUUGGACUUUUUGUCUUUGGAGGUGGUAAAUCUGAUGGCUAUGGUACUGCUGCUCUUUGUUCUUCAGUUGCAAGCUGCCCAGUCAACAGCCAUUACAGGGUGUGUGCCAACCUGUGCCCCACUACUUGUGCCAAGAUCAAUGACCCUGAUCCAUGCCCAGACACCUGUACAACAGGAUGCCAGUGUGAUGCCGGCUUCUUCUUUGAUGGCCUUUCCUGUGUUUCUGUGGAAAGCUGUGGCUGUUCCCAAGAUGGACAUUACUACAAGCCCCAUGAGACAGUUCUGCUGAACAAAUGCCAGGAAAAAUGUACUUGUGUCCCCGGUCAAGGGCUCCUAUGUGAGGCCUACUCUUGUGCCUCUGAUGAAACCUGCAGCCUUCAAGAGGGAGUCCAGUCCUGUGUUAAGGGUACCUGUAAUGUAAGUUCCCGGGGGAAGAAAUUUCUUACCGCCUUCAUGUUCAAUUAUUACAAUUAUGAGACUAAAAAACUGCUGCUGUACGUCUCUGGAUAUCAUCCUGCAACAAAUAUUACAGUGUCAACAAACAGUGGGAAAAUACAUAAAACCAUUAGUGAAGGAGAACUUGCUUCCAUUGAAUUACCACUGUCUUUAGAAAUGGAGGGGAGUGACAUCUAUAAUAAGUCGGUGCUGAUUGAAGCUGACCAAGACAUUUCGGUCUCCGCCUAUAGUGAUGUAUCUGGUUCAGUUGGUGGUACACUUAUCUAUCCCAUUGACCAGCUGGGACAGCUUUAUUAUGUGAUCACCCCAACAGAAGAGUCAUCUUAUAAAUUAAAAGAGUUUGCGGUUGUAUCUCAUGAGGAUCCCACAUCAGUAACCAUCCACCUAAAAGGCACCGUAACUUUCAAAAAUGUAGUUUACCCUGCUGGGUCCACCUUGGUGACUGACCUCAAGGCCUUUGAAGCAAUUCAACUUCAAAGCACAGAAGAUUUAUCAGGUACCAGGAUUGAAUCAACCAAACCUGUGGCUGUCUUGAGUGGACAUAUAUGCGCGGUCAAGUUCACAUACUGUGAUCAUGUUGUUGAGCAGCUCCUGCCAGUUCAGAGCUGGGGAACUACCUUCAUCGUCCCUCCUGUUCCUUUCCAGACACAAUAUGAUAUUGCAUAUAUUGUUUCUGCAGAGAACACUUUACUCAAAUAUCAGUCUAGCUCCAAGGAAGAAACCCAUACUCUUGUGGCUGGAGAAGUCUUCAAGCUUGAAGUCCUGAGCUCUCAACCACUUUUGAUCUCUGCUGAUGCUGGAAUUCAAAUCCAUCUAUUUUUUACUGGUUCCAGCAGUAGAGGCUAUUCCCAUGACUCCUUCCUCGUGAAUAUCCCUGCCAUAACAUGCUAUUGCAAUUCAUACCAUAUUUAUGGAAAGAAGGGCUUCAGAAAUCAUGCCAUGAUCAUAGCCAAAUCAUCAGAAUCCAGGGGCAUCACAAUGGAAGGCAGGACGAUCGGAUGGACACAGAUCCCAGGCAGCGAAUAUUCAUGGGCUGAAGAAGAUGUGGAGAUAACAGAUCGUGCCCUGUCAGUGGAACACGAGAACUCUCCAUUUGGACUUUUCAGCUUUGGAGGUAGUAGUUAUACUGGCUAUGGUACUGCUGCUCUUUGUUCUUCAGUAGUUCCAAGCUGCCCAGUCAACAGCCAUUUCAGGGUGUGUGCCAACCUGUGCCCCACUACCUGUGCCAAGAUCAAUGACCCUGAUCCAUGCCCAGACACCUGUGUGAAAGGAUGCCAGUGUGAUGCCGGCUUCUUCUUUGAUGGCCUUUCCUGUGUUUCUGUGGAAAGCUGUGGCUGUUCCCAAGAUGGACACGACUAUGAGCCCCAUGAGAUAGUUCUGCUGAAUACAUGCCAGAAAAAGUGUAUUUGCGUCCCUGGUCAAGGGCUCCUAUGUGAGGUCCACUCUUGUGCCGCUGAUGAAACCUGCAGCCUUCAAGAGGGAGUCCAGUCCUGUGUGAAGGGAAAGUGUAAUAUAAGUUCCCGGGGGAAGAAAUUUGUUACUGCUUUCAUGGAGAAUUAUUUUGCUGGUACAUCAGAUAAAAAACUUGAGCUAUACUUCUCUGGAUAUCAUCUUGCAACAAAUAUUACAGUGAUAACAAACAGUGGGAAAAUAUACAGAACCAUUAACGAAGGAGAAAUCAUUUCCAUUGAAUUUCCACCGUCCUUAGAAAUGGGGGGGAGUGACAUCUUUGAUAAGGUGGUACUGAUUGAAGCUGAUCAAGAUAUUUCGGUCUUCUCCUCUAGUUAUGGAUCCAAAACAAGUGGUGGUACAUUUAUCUAUCCCAUUGACCAGCUGGGACAGUUAUAUUAUGUGGUCACCCCAACAGAAGAGUCAUCUUAUAAGUUAAAAGAGUUUAUUGUUGUAGCUCAUGAGAAUCUCACAUCAGUAACCAUCCACCUAAAAGGCACCAUAACAUUCAAAAACGUAGUUUACCCUGCUGGGUCCAUCUUUGUGACUGACCUCAAGGCCUUUGAAGCAAUUCAACUUCAAAGCACAGAAGAUUUAUCAGGCACCAGAAUUGAGUCGACCAAACCUGUGGCUGUCUUGAGUGGACAUAUCUGUGCUACAAAAUUUGCAGGGGCUGACUAUGUUGUGGAGCACCUCCUGCCAGUUCCAUGCUGGGGAAGCACCUUCAUUGUCCCUCCUCUUCCUUUCCAAACAAAAUAUGAUAUUGCAUAUAUUGUUUCUGCAGAGAACACUUUAGUCAAAUAUCAGUCUAGCUCCAAGGAAGAAUCCCGUACUCUCGUGGCUGGAGAAGUCCUCAAACUUGAGGUCCUGAGCUCUCAACCACUUUUUAUCUCCGCUGAUGCUGGAAUCCAAGUCCAUCUGUUUUUUACUGGUGCUAAAAAAGGAGGCUAUUCCUAUGACUCCUUCCUCAUGAAUAUCCCUGCCAUAACAAGCUAUUGCAAUUCAUACCAUAUUUAUGGAGUGAAUGGCUUCAUAAAUCAUGCCAUGCUUAUAGCCAAAUCAUCAGAAUCCAGUAGGAUCACAAAGGAUGGAAGGUCGAUCCAGUGGACAGAGAUCCCAGGCAGCGAAUAUUCAUGGGCUGAAGAAGAUGUGGAGGUAACAGAUCGUGCCCUGUCAGUGGAACACGAGAACACUCCGUUCGGACUUUUCGUCUUUGGAGGUGGCGACUAUCAUGGCUAUGGUAGUGCUGCUGUUUGUUCUUCUGUCCCAAUAUCCUGCCCUGAGAACAGCCAUUAUGAAGCCUGCGGAAAUGCCUGUCCAGCAACCUGCUCUGACCGUUCUGCUCCCAGCACCUGUAAAAACACCUGUGCACAAAUCUGCCAGUGUGACGAAGGCUUUGUCCGCAGUGGUGAGAAGUGUGUUCCGGUGGACACCUGCAAUUGCAUUUACCAAGGUGUGACCUAUAAGGCAGGGGAAGAGUUCUGGGGAGAUAAAUUCUGCCAGAGUCAUUGCAAGUGUGAUGCUAAAUUAGGCAAAGCUGUAUGCCAAAAGUCUUCUUGCAAGGGCAAGACAAAAUGCAGCAUGGUCAAUGGUGUCCAGGGAUGCCAUGCUGUCAGUUACAGGACCUGCAUAGGAACCGGAGACCCUCACUAUACAACCUUUGAUGGGAAGAAAUACGAUUUCAUGGGAACCUGCAUUUACCAAAUGGCUGGGCUCUGCUCCAAGGAUCCUUCUCUUACACCAUUUUUGGUCACCGUGGAAAAUAACCACCGAGGCAACAAGGCAGUGUCCUACACCAAAGUGGUGACCCUGGAGGUCUACAACUUUACCAUCAGUAUGAGCCAAGAGUUUCCUCAAAAGAUCCAGGUCAAUGGCAUCUAUGUGGAACUACCCUUCUCCUAUGAAAACAAACUGAGCAUCUACCAGAGUGGAGUUCACGGCUUCAUCAAGACAGACUUUAAUCUGCGUGUCAGCUUUGACUGGUACAGCUAUGCCAGGGUCAUCGUUCCCGACUCUUAUGCCAAUGCACUCUGUGGCCUCUGUGGUAAUGCCAAUGAAGAUCAAAAUGAUGACUUUCUCAUGAAAGAUGGAACACAAGCAGAGGAUGAAAUUCAAUUUGCAAACAGCUGGAAGCUGAAAGAUAUUCCUGGCUGCUCUUCUGGGUGCACCAAAAAUUGCCCAGUGUGCAGUGAUGCUGAUAAACGAACCUACCAGGGUCCAUCCUACUGUGGGAUUCUUACAAGAAAGAGUGGGCCUUUCAGGCAAUGUCAUGAUGCCAUUGAUCCUCAAUCUUAUUUCGAUGAUUGUGUCUAUGACACCUGCGUAUACCAAGGUCACCAUGAGGCCCUCUGUAGUGCCAUCAGCUCCUACGUGACAGCAUGUCAAGCUCAAGGCAUCCAAGUUGAGGAGUGGAGAUCACCUUCAUUCUGCAGUAUUUCUUGCCCACUUAAUACCCACUAUGAGCUCUGUGGCAGUGGUUGUCCAGCCACAUGCAAGAGCCUCAUCUCACCGCAGAAGUGUGAUGUUCCAUGCCUGGAAGGAUGUUUUUGUGACUCUGGAUUUAUCCGCAGUGGGGAUCAGUGUGUUUCAAAGGCCAAAUGUGGCUGUUUCGAUCAAGGCCGAUACUAUAAGCUGGGAGAAGAGUUUUAUCCCACCACUUCCUGCCAGAAAAAGUGCAUCUGCAUGGAUAACGCAGCCAUAGAAUGUCAAAAGUUCUCUUGUGGAGCUCAUGAGGAAUGCAAGAUUGUAAAGGGCGUCCAAGGCUGCCACCCCUUAGGCUAUGGAAAGGCCAUUGCACUGGGUGACCCUCAUUUCAUUUCCUUUGACGGAAGGCAUUUUGAACUCUACGGCUCCUGUACUUACUCCUUAGCUCAAGUCUGCCAGCACAACCCUCAGCUCCAGAACUUCACUGUGUGGGUAGAGAAUGAGAAGCUUGGUGAUGGUCCUUUAGUUCUAAUCCACAAUCUGAAAGUCUUCAUUCAUGGUUAUACAAUCACCCUUCAGAGGGGAGUAAUGUGGCAGGCAAUGGUAGAUGGACAGUUGUAUACCCUGCCAAUGAAUGCAGCUGAUGGGAAAUUCUGGAUCACCCAAGAAGGGAACAAUAUCUUCAUCUACACAACCUUUGGCCUCACAGUCCUAUAUGAUACUUCUUCAUAUGUUCAGGUUUCUGUUCCCAGUACUUACAGGGGUCAUAUGUGUGGCCUGGCUGGCAACUUCAAUGGUGAUCCGAAGGAUGACUUCAUGCUACCUAAUGGAAAACUCACUGAAAAUGUGGAAGAAUUUGCGGCUUCUUGGAAGGUCCCUGUGAAUGGUGUAAUUUGUUCUGAUGGCUGCGGGGACAAAUGUCCCAUCUGCAACAAAGCCCAAAAGACAAAAUAUGAAGCUGAGAACUUCUGUGGAAUGAUCCCAUCCAAGACAGGUCCAUUCAUAGACUGCCAUUCAUUGGUGAACCCUGAACAAUAUUUUGAACACUGUUUGAAUGAGGCCUGUACAACCAAUGAGGUUCAAGAAUCCCUUUGUCGAAGUCUUCAAGCCUAUGUAGCAGCUUGCCAGGCAUCUGGCGCCAAAAUUAGAGCCUGGAGAAGUUCUUCCUUCUGCCCUCUCACCUGUCCGGCCCACAGCCACUAUGAGCCAUGUACCAGAACUUGUGAUUCCACCUGUGCCGCCUUAUCUACUCCAAGUCAGUGCUCAGGGAACUGCUUUGAAGGCUGUCAGUGUGAUGAGGACUAUGUGUUUGAUGGAUCUCAGUGUGUAACCAUGAAGCAAUGUGGCUGCACUUAUGGUGGAGCCUACCUCAAGAUUGGUGAGCACAUUUACUCGAAGGGCUGCACAAAAAAAUGCACCUGCCAGUCAGCAGGGCAGCUCCAGUGUGAAGAAAGCAGCUGCCAGCUUGGAGAGAUGUGUGCCCUUCGGGAAGGCCUGCGUGGCUGCGUGACGCUGGAAGCUCAAUGCAAGCUCACUGCCCAAGCGCAGAUCACUUCUUUCGAUGGUGCCUCCGGGAGAUAUUCCUGCAGUGGAGUCUACGAAAUUGCUUCUCUUUGUGACCAGAACUCUGCCUCCUGGUUCAGGCUGCUAGCGAGCAUUGAAAAGGAGUAUACAAAGGAGAUGAUGGUUGGAAAAUCUAUCUUCUUUUACUUUCAAGGUGGAUUCAUCCAGAUUAUAAACCGAGAAAGGUUUUGGGUAAAUGGUCAGAAAGUAACACUGCCAUAUGAGAACAGCCCUGUGUCCAUGAGGAAAAUUCAAGAUAAAAUUAUUAUUGACCAUGAUUCUCAAGUGCAAGUUUAUCUCCAUCCUGACGGGAUGGUGACAAUGGCAGCCAAGGAGACCCUCAGAGGGAAGCUAUGUGCCACCUGUGGAAACUUCAACAGAGACCAUUUAGAUGACUUGAAGUUGGCCAGUGGAGAGGGAACAAAUAAUUUUGAUGAAGUACUCAAGUCCUGGGAGGCGGAAGAUUUCCUUAGGGAAGGCUCUUUCUUCUCAGUCAGACUAAGGCUGAUUUCCUGGGCUGAAGGUAUGGCACUGAGGAGACUUCUGUUCCUUUUGGCAGGUUUGGCACAAAUAUGUGACUCCCAAAGAGGAAAUCCUCGUGGAAAGAAAUUUGUCGUGGCUUUCAUGCAAGACCACCAGAACUACCAACACAUUCCAUUUAACAUUAAAUAUCAGCUGCUCAUCACUGGUCAUCAUCACUCAACUGUUAUCAAAGUGUCAGUAAGCAAGCAUAAGUUCUUAAGAACAUUUGUAAUCGACAAAGGAGUGACAGCAGCAGUUAAAAUCCCAAACACAUUUGAGAUGAGUGGAUCAAAUUAUUUCGAUGUGACUGUGUUCAUUGAAGCUAACCAAGACAUUUCAGUCUUUGCCCAGGGUCAGGAAGGGUCUUCAGUUGGCACUACUCUUGUGCUCCCAUUCCACCAGCUAGGCAGAGUGUAUCAUGUGGUAACUCCAAAUGAUAGCAACACAGAUGGUUUCAAGGAAUUUGCCAUUGUAGCUCAGGAAACUGCCACUGAUGUCGACAUUUCCCUAAAAGGAGAUGUGCUAUUCAAUGGACAGGCUUAUCCUGCAGGAAGUAAACUUUCUGUUAACCUUGAGGCAUUCCAAGCACUUCAGCUGCAAAGCUCAGAUGAUUUAUCAGGUACCAGAAUUGAAUCAAAAGAACCCGUGGCUGUCUUCAGCGGACACAAUUGUAUUACGAAAGACAAUGCCUGCCACCAGGUUUUUGAACAGCUGCUGCCCAGUUCAAGCUGGGGCACCUUCUUCAUUGUUCCUAUACUCCCUUUCCAAAACAGGGAUGGCACACUGUAUAUAACAGCUUCCCAAAACACUUAUCUCAAAUACCAACAUGGGGAUGUGCUCAGUUCCCAGACCCUGGAAUCUGGAGAAGUCAUGCAGCUAAACAAAUAUUCUUCUGAGUCAGUUUCUAUUUCUGCCAGUGCUAGAAUCCAGGUGCUUUACUUCUCUACUAGUAGUGAAAGCCAAGGCCAUGGUCCAUUGCUACUCAAUAUUCCAGCGGUUAUAAGCUUUUGCAGAUCAUAUGAUCUUCCUUACAUGAAGCAGUUGGAUAAUUAUGCUAUCAUCGUAGCCAAAACCUCUGAUCCCAGUGGAAUCAGCAUUCAGAGGAAGACCUUUGCAAAAAGUGAGUGGAAAUCAGUCCCAGACACAGAAUACUAUUGGACUGAAUACAGCUUGGCUAGAGGAGGAGGUACUCUUUCUUCAGAGGGUCUUCGUGUUCCACUUGGGGUCUUCAUCCUUGGAUUUUCACAGAAUGAUGGCUAUGGCUCACAGGACCAUUGUACCUCCUCUAUGAUCUGUCCAGCCAACAGUCACUAUGAAGUCUGCGCUGACACUUGCUCCAACCACUGUACCAACGUCACAGAUGCUGAGCCAUGUCCAGAGACCUGCACGGAGGGCUGCCAGUGUGAUGAUGGGUUUUUAUUGGAUGGCGUCGAUUGCAUUCCCAAAGAAAACUGUGGGUGCUUCAGCAACGGACACUAUUAUCAACGCAACGAGAUGGUUCUGUUGAAUGCUUGCAAGCAGCAAUGUACUUGCAUCCCAGGUGAGGGGCUGACCUGUACUGACCACAGCUGUGCCGCUCAGGAGACCUGUGAGUCCCAAGAAGGAGUCAUGAGAUGUGUUCAGAAAGGUACCUGUAAUGUAAGUUCCCGAGGGAAGAAAUUUCUUACCGCCUUCAUGUUCAAUUUUUUCAAUUACCAGACUAAAAAACUGGAGCUGUACAUCUCUGGAUAUUAUCCUGCAACAAAUAUUACAGUGUCAACAAACAGUGGGAAAAUACAUAGAACCAUUAAUGAAGGAGAACUCGCUUCCAUUGAAUUACCAGUGUCUUUAGAAAUGGAGGGGAGUGACAUCUAUAAUAAGUCGGUGCUGAUUGAAGCUGACCAAGAUAUUUCGGUCUCCUCCUAUACUGAUUUCUCUGUUUCAGUUGGUGGUACACUUAUCUAUCCCAUUGACCAAUUGGGACAGUUAUAUUAUGUGAUCACCCCAACAGAAGAUUUAUUUCUAAAUUUAAAAGAGUUUGCGGUUGUAGCUCAUGAGGAUCCUACAUCAGUAACCAUCCACCUAAAAGGCACCGUAACUUUCAAAAAUGUAGUUUACCCUGCUGGGUCCACCUUGGUGACUGACCUCAAGGCCUUUGAAGCAAUUCAACUUCAAAGCACAGAAGAUUUAUCAGGUACCAGGAUUCAAUCGACCAAAGCUGUGGCUGUCUUGAGUGGACAUAUAUGCGCGGUCAAGUUCACACUCUGUGAUCAUGUUGUGGAGCAGCUCCUGCCAGUUCCAUGCUGGGGAAGCACCUUCAUUGUUCCUGGUCUUCCUUUCCAGACACAAUAUGAUAUUGCAUAUAUUGUUUCUGCAGAGAACACUUUAGUCAAAUAUCAGUCUAGCUCCAAGGAAGAAUCCCGUACCCUCGUGGCUGGAGAAGUCCUCAAACUUGAGGUUCUGAGCUCUCAGCCACUUUUGAUCUCUGCUGAUGCUGGAAUCCAAGUCCAUCUGUUUUUUACUGGUGCUAAAAAAGGAGGCUAUUUCUAUGACUCCUUCCUCAUGAAUAUCCCUGCCAUAACAAGCUAUUGCAAUUCAUACCAUAUUUAUGGAGUGAAGGGCUUCAUAAAUCAUGCCAUGUUUAUAGCCAAAUCAUCAGAAUCCAGUAGGAUCACAAAGGAUGGAAGGCCGAUCCAGUGGACACAGAUCCUAGGCACCGAAUAUUCAUGGGCUGAAGAAGAUGUGGAGGUAACAGAUCGUGCCCUGUCAGUGGAACACGAGAACACUCCGUUCGGACUUUUUGUCUUUGGAGGUGGUGACUAUCGUGGCUAUGGUAGUGCUGCUGUUUGUUCUUCUGUCCCAAUAUCCUGCCCUGAGAACAGCCAUUAUGAAGCCUGCGGAAUUGCCUGUCCAGCAACCUGCUCUGACCGUUCUGCUCCCAGCACCUGUAAAAACACCUGUGCACAAAUCUGCCAGUGUGACGAAGGCUUUGUCCGCAGUGGUGAGAAGUGUGUUCCGGUGGACACCUGCAAUUGCAUUUACCAAGGUGUGACCUAUAAGGCAGGGGAAGAGUUCUGGGGAGAUGAAGAUUGCCAGAGUCAUUGCAAGUGUGAUGCCAAAUUAGGCAAAGCUGUAUGCCAAAAGUCUUCUUGCAAGGGCAAGACAAAAUGCAGCAUGGUCAAUGGUGUCCGGGGAUGCCAUGCUGUCAGUUACAGGACCUGCAUAGGAACCGGAGACCCUCACUAUACAACCUUUGAUGGGAAGAAAUACAAUUUCAUGGGAACCUGCAUUUACCAAAUGGCCGGGCUCUGCUCCAAGGAUCCUUCCCUUACACCAUUUUUGGUCACCGUGGAGAAUAACCACCGAGGCAACAAGGCGGUGUCCUUCACCAAAGUGGUGACCCUGGAGAUCUACAACUUUACCAUCAGUAUGAGCCAAGAGUUUCCCCAAAAGAUCCAGGUCAAUGGCAUCUAUGUGGAACUACCCUUCUCCUAUGAAAACAAACUGAGCAUCUACCAGAGUGGAGUUCACGGCUUCAUCAAGACAGACUUUAAUCUGCGUGUCAGCUUUGACUGGUACAGCUAUGCCAGGGUCAUCGUUCCCGACUCUUAUGCCAAUGCACUCUGUGGCCUCUGUGGUAAUGCCAAUGAAGAUCAAAAUGAUGACUUUCUCAUGAAAGAUGGAACACAAGCAGAGGAUGAAAUUCAAUUUGCAAACAGCUGGAAGCUGAAAGAUAUUCCUGGCUGCUCUUCUGGGUGCACCAAAAAUUGCCCAGUGUGCAGUGAUGCUGAUAAACGAACCUACCAGGGUCCAUCCUACUGUGGGAUUCUUACAAGAAAGAGUGGGCCUUUCAGGCAAUGCCAAGAUGCCAUUGAUCCUCAAUCUUAUUUCGAUGAUUGUGUCUAUGACACCUGCGUAUACCAAGGUCACCAUGAGGCCCUCUGUAGUGCCAUCAGCUCCUACGUGACAGCAUGUCAAGCUCAAGGCAUCCAUGUUGAGGAAUGGAGAUCACCCUCCUUCUGCAGUAUUUCUUGCCCACCUAAUACCCACUAUGAGCUCUGUGGCAGUAGUUGUCCAGUCACAUGCAAGAGCCUCAUCUCACCGCAGAAGUGUGAUGUUCCAUGCCUGGAAGGAUGUUUUUGUGACUCUGGAUUUAUCCGCAGUGGGGAUCAGUGUGUUUCAAAGGCCAAAUGUGGCUGUUUUGAUCAAGGCCGAUACUACAAGCUGGGAGAAGAGUUUUAUCCCACCACUUCCUGCCAGAAAAAGUGCAUCUGCAUGGAUAACGCAACCAUAGAAUGUCAAAAGUUCUCUUGUAGAGCUCAUGAGGAAUGCAAGAUUGUAAAGGGCGUCCAAGGCUGCCACCCCUUAGGCUAUGGAAAGGCCAUUGCACUGGGUGACCCUCAUUUCAUUUCCUUUGACGGAAGGCAUUUUGAACUCUACGGCUACUGUACUUACACCUUAGCUCAAGUCUGCCAGCACAACCCUCGGCUCCAGAACUUCACUGUGUGGGUAGAGAAUGAGAAGCUUGGUGAUGGUCCUUUAGUUCUAAUCCACAAUCUGAAAGUCUUCAUUCAUGGUUAUACAAUCACCCUUCAGAGGGGAGUAAUGUGGCAGGCAAUGGUGGAUGGACAGUUGUAUACCCUGCCAAUGAAUGUAGCUGAUGGGAAAUUCUGGAUCACCCAAGAAGGGAACAACAUCUUCAUCUACACAACCUUUGGCCUCACGGUCCUAUAUGAUACUUCUGCAUAUGUUCAGGUUUCUGUUCCCAGUACUUACAGGGGUCAUAUGUGUGGCCUGGCUGGCAACUUCAAUGGUGAUCCGAAGGAUGACUUUAUGCUACCUAAUGGAAAACUCACUGAAAAUGUGGAAGAAUUUGCGGCUUCUUGGAAGGUCCCUGUGAAUGGUGUAAUUUGUUCUGACGGCUGCGGGGACAAAUGUCCCAUCUGCAACAAAGCCCAAAAGACAAAAUAUGAAGCUGAGAACUUCUGUGGAAUGAUCCCAUCCAAGACAGGUCCAUUCAUAGACUGCCAUUCAUUGGUGAACCCUGAACAAUAUUUUAAACACUGUUUGAAUGAGGCCUGUACAACCAAUGAGGUUCAAGAAUCUCUUUGUCGAAGUCUUCAAGCCUAUGUAGCAGCUUGCCAGGCAUCUGGCGCCAAAAUUAGAGCCUGGAGAAGUUCUUCCUUCUGCCCUCUCACCUGUCCGGCCCACAGCCACUAUGAGCCAUGUACCAGAACUUGUGAUUCCACCUGUGCCGCCUUAUCUACUCCAAGUCAGUGCUCAGGGAACUGCUUUGAAGGCUGUCAGUGUGAUGAGGACUAUGUGUUUGAUGGAUCUCAGUGUGUAACCAUGAAGCAAUGUGGCUGCACUUAUGGUGGAGCCUACCUCAAGAUUGGUGAGCACAUUUACUCGAAGGGCUGCACAAAAAAAUGCACCUGCCGGUCAGCAGGGCAGCUCCAGUGUGAAGAAAGCAGCUGCCAGCUUGGAGAGACGUGUGCCCUUCGGGAAGGCCUGCGUGGCUGCGUGACGCUGGAAGCUCAAUGCAAGCUCACUGCCCAAGCACAGAUCACUUCUUUCGAUGGUGCCUCCGGGAGAUAUUUCUGCAGUGGAGUCUACGAAAUCGCUUCUCUUUGUGACCAGAACUCUGCCUCCUGGUUCAGGCUGCUAGCGAACAUUGAAAAGGAUUAUACAAAGGAGAUGAUGGUUGGAAAAUCUAUCUUCUUUUACUUUCGAGGUGGAUCCAUUCAGAUUAUAAACCGAGAAAGGUUUUGGAUAAAUGGUCAGAAAAUAACGCUGCCAUAUGAGAACAGCCCUGUGUCCAUGAGGAAAAUUCAAGAUAAAAUUAUUAUUGACCAUGAUUCUCAAGUGCAAGUUUAUCUCCAUCCUGACGGGAUGGUGACAAUGGCAGCCAAGGAGACCCUCAGAGGGAAGCUAUGUGCCACCUGUGGAAACUUCAACAAAGACCAUUUAGAUGACUUGAAGUUGGCCAGUGGAGAGAGAACAAAUAAUUUUGAUGAAGUACUCAAGUCCUGGGAGGCGGAAGAUUUCCUUUAAAUUGCUUCUAGAUUGUUCCAUCUGUGCUUGCGAACUGAUGUAACAGCUAAGCACAAGGGAAGCCUAACAUUUUGUGUAGCAUAUGCUCAAAUACUUGUUUAGAAGAAGCAGAUCUGGAUCUUCCAGAGUCUCAGCUUUUCUUUGAAGGUCAUCUCUGAACCUCCUUCAAAAGUGACAUUUCAGAAUCUCUAAAUUCAUGAAUAAACUUUCAAUGGAACAGACAACUUGAUUAAUUUCUACAUUUUGGAGGAACUAAUGUUAGCCUCACUAGGAAGAUCAGACCAGGAAAUCACAAGAAAGCUGAAACCACUAUUAUUGAGACGAGCUAUAGCAGUAGAAUCUUGCAAAUCUAACUCUGCUGUAUGUCCUCCCACUUCUUAUACUUCAAGGAAUUAGAGAAAUAUCUGCCUGAAACACUUCAGAACGUAAUCUUUCUUCUCAGGAUUUCAUCUCCUUUUGCCUAGGUUAACAAUUAUGCUUUACAUCAUGUGCCUUAGCUGCAAGAAUGCAUUUGUUUAUGGUUGAAUAUAUUGUGCAAAUGCAGAAAAUGAAAUAAUCCAGUAAAGAAGUUAAAUGUGUUAUGUGAAUUCAGGCUAUAAGUUAUCAUUAUGAGUGGAAUAUGCUGGAGAACAAACUACCCACCUGCAUUUUUAAGCUUAGCCUGCGGACAUAGUGAAGUCGAACCAAGGUACACUUAAUUCAACCUCCAGCAAAGAUUGGUGGGAAAACAUUACUCAUCACACUAGAUAAUCAUAAAAGUAGUUUAGGCAAUUGCAGGGCUGACUGCAAAUUGCUCAUAAGCUUUGUCCUCCCUAUAUUCCUCCCACCCAAAGUUCCCACCUAAAUUGCAACUUUCCUUUUGUUUAAUAUUUAAAACGCUUGCUUGUGCAGCACGAAAUAUUACAAUAACCCUGUGCACUAAUUCAUUCAGAGAUUUAACUAUUGCAAAUGUGAAGGAGAAACAACUAAG